GAGUCAGAAGCCAUCUCUUCCUUCCUCCUCCUGGUGCAAGAUAAAGGUGACCCAGCCUGCCCUGUCCCUCCCCUGGACUGCCAGCAAGCCCCUUGGCCCCUCCCCUGGGCUUCCAUCCCACAAGGGCUGCAUCGGAUAAAGGCACCAGACUGGUGGGCGAUGCCUCGUUGUAGCUUCCUGGUCCUAUACCUGGUGGGGUCGCUGGUUCCACCAUCAGUCUUUACCCAGGAAUGUCCCAAAUACAAAGUCAACACCUGCCAAGAAUGCAUUAAGUCCGGGCCAGGCUGUGCCUGGUGUAAGAAGCUGAAUUUUGCUGAAAGAGGAGAGCCCGAUUCCAUUCGUUGUGACACCAGACAGCAGCUCCUACAACGUGGCUGCCAGGAGAGUGACAUCGUGAAUCCCCACAGCGUGGUCAGCCCCAAACCUGAUCUGCCUGGCAGCAAGACAUCCCAGCUGACACCCCAGAACAUACAGCUCCGACUGCGGCCAGGUCAGACUGCAGCGUUCAACCUCACCUUCAGGCGGGCCAAGGGCUACCCCAUCGACUUGUACUACCUCAUGGAUCUUUCCUAUUCCAUGAAUGACGACCUGACCAACGUGAAGAAGCUGGGAGACGACCUGCUGAGGGCGCUCAAUGAGAUCACCGAGUCUGGCCGCAUAGGAUUUGGCUCCUUUGUGGACAAGACGGUGCUGCCCUUUGUCAAUACCCACCCUGAGAAGCUGAAGCACCCCUGCCCUACCAAGGACACCCAGUGCCAGCCCCCCUUUGCCUUCAAGCACGUACUAAAGCUCACCGAUAACUCCAACAAGUUUCAGAGUGAGGUCGGGAAGCAGCUCAUCUCUGGGAACCUGGACGCCCCCGAGGGGGGUCUGGACGCCAUGAUGCAGGUGGCUGUUUGCCAGGAUGCAAUUGGUUGGCGCAACGUGACUCGGUUGCUGGUGUAUGCCACGGACGACGGCUUCCACUUCGCGGGAGAUGGGAAGCUGGGUGCCAUCCUCACGCCCAACGAUGGGCGCUGCCACCUGCAGAACAACCUCUAUGAGGACAGCAACAAGUUCGACUACCCCUCCGUGGGCCAGCUGGCACAGAAACUGGCCGAGAACAACAUCCAGCCCAUCUUUGCCGUGACCAAAAAGAUGGUAUCCACGUAUGAAAAGCUCACCGAGAUCAUCCCAAAGUCGGCUGUUGGCGAGCUGUCUGAUGACUCGAGUAAUGUGGUCCAGCUUAUUAAGAAUGCCUACAAUAAACUGUCCUCGAGGGUCUUCGUGGAUCACAGUAUCAUCCCAGACACUCUGAAGGUCACGUACGACUCCUACUGCAGCAAUGGCCAGUCGAGUGUGGACCAGUCCCGAGGAGACUGUGAUGGGGUCCAGAUCAAUGUGCCGAUCACCUUCCGCGUGAAAGUGACCGCCAGUGAGUGCAUCAAGGAGCAAUCCUUCACGAUCCGGCCCCUGGGCUUCACAGACAUGGUCACCGUGCAGGUGCUGCCCCUCUGUGAGUGCGACUGUGAAGGCAAGAAACUCAAUAGGCAGCAUUGCGACGACAAGGGCUAUGUGGAGUGCGGUAUCUGCAGAUGUGACCCAGGGCACAUUGGCAAGACUUGUGAGUGCCAGACGCAGGGCAAGAGCAGCCAGGAGCUGGAGGUGAGCUGCCGGAAGGACAACAGCUCAGUCCUGUGCUCCGGGCUGGGCGACUGCGUCUGUGGCUUAUGCACCUGCCACAUCAGCGACAUCCCCAAGAAGCAGAUCUAUGGGAAGUUCUGCGAGUGUGACAAUGUCAACUGUGAGCGCUACGAAGGCCAAGUCUGUGGGGGUGAAGAACGAGGCUUCUGCGACUGUGGCAAAUGCAAGUGUUCGGGAGAGUUUGAAGGGACCGCGUGCCAGUGCAGGAAAUCCACCCAGGGCUGCCUGAACAUGCGCAACUCCGAGUGCAGCGGCCGGGGCAGGUGUGAGUGCAACGUGUGCAAGUGUGACCCAGGCUACCAGCGGCCAUUGUGCGAGGAGUGCCCAGGCUGCCCAUCCCCCUGCAGCCGCUACAUCUCCUGUGCUGAGUGCAUAAAUUUCCAGACGGGCCCCUUUGCCAAGAACUGCAGUGCUGCGUGUCCUGGCGUGAGUCAGUCUCUGAAUCCCAUCCGAGGGAGGCAAUGUAAGGAACGGGACUCGGACGGCUGCUGGGUGACCUACACCAUGAACCAGCUGGACGGGCAUGAGAAAUACCAGAUCUAUGUGGAGGAGGAAAGAGAAUGCGUGGCCGGACCCAACCUCCCAGCCAUCGUGGGGGGCACUGUGGCUGGCAUUGUGCUCAUCGGUGUGCUGCUGCUGGCCAUCUGGAAGGUUCUGACACACUUCAGCGACCUCCGGGAAUACAGGCGCUUUGAGAAGGAGAAGCUCAAGUCGCAGUGGAACAAUGAUAAUCCCCUUUUCAAGAGCGCAACAACAACUGUUAUGAACCCCAAGUUUGCAGAGAACUAGGUGGCUGCCAUCACUGCAAAGAGACCCGAUCACCUUCUGAAACGCCCAAGUCCAUCAAGGACAGUCAACGAUGUCCCUGCUGUGCAAGGAGCCUGGACUAGACCCGGAAGCCCCUCUCACAGCAGCCACUGAUGCCACUUGAACUACAGCCCAAUCAUUCUGACCCUCGGGAGAUUGGGGCCUGCCUUGAGAACCUGCCCAGUGUCUCUAGUAGGUCCUGCUCUUGUCAGAAUUCUUCCCACCUUCCCUAGGACUUCAGCACUGAACUAGACAAUUCAGAAGCCAGAGAAAAACACACCAAGUGUUCUGGUCAGGCCUUGCCCAUGACUCCUGUGUCCCCACUUUACCAACCAGGGGAGCCUGUAGAGACAGCACACGUGUCUGAUGAAUGUUCACACUCCUCCUUUCAGCACCUGUGGGGCCUCUCUGCCCAACCUUCUGGUUCUAUGCUGAACCUCAGCAAAACGGAGGCAGGAGAAGGGGGCAUCCACCUAGAUAUUCUGCUCGGUGCCUAAUGACCUCGACUUUAUAGGAUGUUGGUGCUGAAAAUGGGUGGACAGGUGGGUAGAAGGACAGAUGGACGAGUGUGGAGGACGGAUGGAUAGCAGGCCCUGUACUCUGAAAUCUAUAGGAGCUGAAACAGGCCUGUUGAUGAUGUCCCAGUAUUACAGAGCUCUGUGGAGGUGGGGUACACUCUUCCACAGUCUCAUCGCUGCAUUGUCAGACCCCUGUGAUGUAUCUCCAUUUGGCAUCUGGCAUCUGUGAGGAGCUAGAAAUUACCCAAAUCUUCUUAGGCUCCAAGUGGUCUGGUAGCAAAUGCUUACUGGCAGGGUCUCCCCUCUCCCCACAAAGCAUGGACCAGAGCAAAUACAAGUAUACCCUGGAUAGAAUUGUGCUUCUGGUUUUUUAAACUUUUAUUAAAAUGUCAGUAGAUUGA